CUUUUCCAAUUCUCUCUCUUUCUUUUUUGAUUCUCCAAUCUUAGUGAUCCAAGGGAAAGGCUAAAAACACUUAGUGUCUUCCAAGAGUUCAUUUGCAGCCGUCUUUGGUUUAACCUGGGAAAAUCCCUAGCUGUCCGGCCGGAAAGUUGUAACUCUUGCCUUUAGGAGGCGCUGUUUGUCAGAGUUAUCCUAAACCUGGAAAAGGGAGGGGGAGAGGCCGUCAAGGGAGCUAUGACGUGAGCAGGAAGUUAAUUAUCAAGUUACCCGAACCGGGACAUCCAGUUUUCACUUGCAUAGGCAGAAAGUCUUGAGUUCUCUUCCCGCGCAAAUGGGAGCUUCCCUGGAACGUGGAUUACACAGAGAAUUUUAAUUUCUUAAAAACUUGUUUUCAGGCAGUUUCCCCCGGAACCAUUUACCUCCAGAGGACGAGCGGAAUUUGAUCUGAAGGCUGGCCAUGACAUCUCAAGGUCAAAGUUUGAGGUUCCGUUCAGAUGAUAAUUGUCAAGUGAACUUCCGUGAGAAGCUUCUGAUUAUUGAUUCAAACCUGGAGGCCCAAGAUGUGGAGGGCUUGAAGUUUCUCUGCCGAGACUGGAUCUCCCACAAGAAGCUGGAGAAGUCCAGCUCAGCCUCGGAUAUUUUUGAUCAUCUGUUGGCAGAGGAGCUGCUGAGUGAGGAAGACCCCUUCUUCCUAGCAGAACUCCUCUAUAUACUCAAACAGAAUUCGCUGCUGCGGUACCUCCGCCAAAGCAGAGAGCAAGUGGAGAGUUUGCUGCCCACCCGAAGGAGGGUCUCUCUGUUCAGAAACCUGCUGUACGAACUGUCAGAGGGAAUCGGCUCAGAGAACUUAAAGGACAUGGUCUUCCUUAUGAGGGAAUCGAUUCCCAAAAUCCAGAUGACCUCUCUAAGUUUCCUGGCAUAUCUGGAGAAACAAGCUCUAAUAGAUGAAGAUAAUCUGAUGUUACUGGAGGAUCUCUGCAGAAAAGUUGUACCUAACCUUAUGAGAAAGAUAGAAAAAUAUAAGAGAGAGAAAGCCUCCCAGGUAGUGACACCUCCUGUUGACCAGGAAACUGAGUCAUUGCAUCAAGGAGAGGAAGAAGUAUUUUCCCGUUCAGAUGUUAACCAAUUCUUUGGAGCCUUACAGGUAGGUUCAAUGAUGUGUUGGCAAAUGGGAAAUGCUGGAUCAUAUGGCGACAGAGAAACCCUGGUCUCCAUAGAGAUGUUGGGAGAAACUGCUGAGACUUUAACUUCUGAAACCAGCACAAAGGAAGCAACUGUGUACAGAAUGGAUCGGAAGCACAGAGGCCACUGUGUUGUUGUCAAUAACCACAGCUUUACCUCACUCUCAGAUCGACCAGGGACUCAUAGAGAUGCUGAGUGCUUGGAGCGUGUGUUUCAGUGGCUGGGGUUCAGCGUACAUAUAUAUAAUAAUGUGACCAAAGGACGUCUAGAUGAGGUUCUGAAGGAAUAUAAGAGUCAUCCAGGCCAUGCUGAUGGAGAUUGCUUUGUGUUCUGUGUUCUGACCCAUGGGAAAUUUGGAGCUGUCUACUCCUCAGAUGAGGCCCUUGUUCCCAUUCGGGAGAUCAUGUCUCAUUUCACAGCCCAGCAGUGCCCUGGCCUGGCUCAUAAACCCAAACUCUUUUUUAUCCAGGCCUGUCAGGGUGAAGAGAUACAACCUUCUGUAUCCAUUGAAGCAGAUGCUGUAAAUUCCGAGCAUUCACCUCCUACCCCUUCCCUUCUGGCCAGUGUUCCCAGUGAUGCAGAUUUCCUUCUUGGCCUGGCCACUGUCCCUGGCUAUGUAUCCUUUCGGCAUGUAGAGGAAGGCAGCUGGUAUAUUCAGUCUCUGUAUAAUAAUCUGAAGAACUUGGUCCCAAGACAUGAAGAUAUCUUAUCCAUCCUCACUGCUGUCAACAAUGAUGUGAGUCAACAAGCAAACAAAGAAGGAACAAAGAGACAGAUGCCCCAACCUGCUUAUACACUACGGAAAAAACUAGUAUUCCCUGUGCCACAGGAAAAACUUUUAUUGUAGUAGAGAGUUCUCAAUGACUCUUUGACUUGAAAGGAAACUUUGGUCAUCUCUUCCAAUCUCCCACCCACCAUAGGAAUCAUUGAUAGAUGGUGAGCCUGUCAUUCUAAUAGGAAAUGCCCUAUUUUCUGAUUCAACAAAUUCUUAAAAAAUUUUUUUUUUUAUUUUUGACAAGUCUAAUUGUUAGAACACUUUCUUUAUUGAAGCCUUUGGUUGUAGUCUUGGCAUUAGUUUUGUGCCCUGAGAAAAAGCAAUUGGCCUUGGUUUGUGUAUCUGUGAGGUAAAAGGUAGUACCAGAUACAUUUUAAGAUUCCUUUGAGCUCUAAAGAACCACUAUUCUUAACCUCAACUGAGCUUUGAUUUCCUCUCUGUAUGACCACCCCUUGUGAACAUUCUGUGUCCCUUUUGCAUAGCCUUGUUUUGGACAUUGGAUAAUGAUGAGAUCACACAUGGUUCAUUGACCCUUUCUCUGCUCUCCACUUCCUAAGACUUCUCAUCUACACAUCUGCUGGGGUGAAAUUUUUGUCUAUAUGAUGCCCAUUUCCAGCUUUAGUAUAACGAAGGUGUUCCCACAGGAACUCUUUAUCUUGGGUUGGGAACAGGUUUGGCUCUAGGAAGAUGAUAGUUCAGUAUGAAGAGAGACAACUCAGCCACUCUGGGAUCAGAGACUUUACAGGCUGAGGUUAAAUUCUGUGUCGAUCAGAACUUUUCAGGUGCUGAUGACAGAACACCCACAUCACACCAACCAAAGCAAAGAAAGGAAUUUAUUGCCUCAUUCAUCUGAAAACACACAAUUGGGUAGUGCUGGCUUCAGGUGAAGCUUGAAUCAGGACUCAGUCUGCACUAUAGCAUCUCUCUCUUGGCCAGAGGUUCUUUUGGUGGCUGCACUGUGCUGACUAAAGCCAACAGCCCCUGCCUUGUCUCCAACAUGCUCUGUUUCUCUGGCCCAAAGAAUUGAGGAGAGAGACAGCCUUAGGGAUGAAGCUAUUCACAGAAGUUGUUGUCCUCUCCUUAGAGAGUUGUCUGGCUGUGCCUUGGUGGGGAGUGUGGUUCUGUAUGGAAGCCUUGCUACUUUUUACAUUAAGGUUUUGAAUAUCUUUAUGUAUGUGAACUUUUUUUUUUCAAUUUCAAGAGGAAUUUUUCUUUUUUAUUUUCUAAGGGAGGGAGAUUGAAAGUCCUGUACCUAAGGCCUUUAUUUAUUGAUGAAGAGGUUGAGGCCCAAGGAGGCAGAGUGAUUUGCUAUAGUCCCCCAGCCAGUUAUUGUUUACAGGGUUUUAUUUCCCACUUGAGUGAACUGGAAUGUCAUGGGACAUAACAGGGGUUUUUAGGAACAUUUCCUUGGAUAUGUAGACAUCCAUGAAAGAUAUCCAGGAAUGAAGAAGAAUAACUCUCAGUGAUGCCUGAUUUUGUAAUUAUUAACGUGUAAGUCAAAUGAUCUUCCAGAACCUUUGUAUAUACAAGUCAAAGCGAACAGCUGGUGAUUACAGUCCUUCCCCAGUUGAAUAUACACAGCUUUUGGCCACUUCAUAGUCCUUCUCUGCAAGUGAAAGAUGGUGUGGUACAAAGCAAAGAGCAAAGAAUCUGGAGAUAGAAGCCUUUGGUUUCUGUUUUGCCUUGUGACUUUCUGGCUCUGAGACACUAAGUCAAGCUAGUUUUUUGAGCCUUAUCUAUAAAGUAGAGAAAAAUUACCUAUUUAAGAUAAGGAUAGGUUAAUAUAUAAAUCCAUUUAAAUCUAGUUGUUGUGAGGUAUAUACAAGACCUUUACGUGGCAGAUACCUCUGGCAGUCACCUAACGGAAAUAGAGUUUGAGUUCCUUUGUGUCUAAUUCCAGCUGAAUUUCAGCCACAAAUCAAUACUAAUACCCACCGAUGUCUUCUUAGGGAAAUGUUGGUUUUCCCCGGACUGAUUCACAAUGUCCCCGGCAGCAGCAGGCUAGCUCUUGGUUCUGAAUCCAGCUGGACAAAACACUGCUAAUGAACUCUCCUUCCUCAGCAACAUUUGGGGUUUUAUGUGUAAGUCCCGGUCCUGUGGUCUAUUUUGUAUUUUUGUUUUGCUGGAACUUAGUGGUUGUGCAAGGUUAAGUUCUAGGAUCAGGAAACUUUCCCAUGAAUUUUCUUUUCAGAGUUCUCCAGCAGGCACUUUAGGGGUCACUAGACAUUUAUGACUGUAAGUCACACGCCUAUGCAGACAGUAGGAGUACAGUCAUCCUUCAGUCAUUUCUCCUAAAUGGAGCAUCUACACACUUUUCCCUCGUCUUGUGUGUGUGUGUGUGUGUGUGUGUGUGUGCGCGCGCCCACGUGUGUGAUAAUUUAGAGUGGAGCACAGCAAGUGAUUUGGUCACAGCUAUUCAGCAGAGACUACCGCCAUUGUCUGUGCAGACAUUUAUGAAAGAAAUGUGCAGACCCAGUGAGGUUUCUGUAUAUUUUGCCUAGUUUUGCUCAACCUACAAGAGCUGUAGUUAGAUUUUUUCUUUGUUUUCUUUUUUUUUCUCAAAAGUUGGCUUAUACCAAACAAAAUGAGGGACAUGGAAAAUUUUAAUAGAAUAUUAUACAAAUGUUAGUUAUUUAAUAAUGAUACUCUUGGUGUUGAUUAUUAUUAGAGAUACUAGUCACCACAGCAUCCUAGUGGCCUCUGCUACAAGGUUUCACCAUGGCAGUGGGCAGUUGUGAUAUCACCAGGGUUUCCCUUAGCCAGUGCUCAGGUAAUUCAAACAUACAAGCAGCUGGUACAAUAUGGUUACUGACCAAUCAAAACACAUUGACCAGUAUGUAUAACACUAUGGUGAAUGCUGCUGAAUAGCAGCCCCUUAUCAAUCAAUGAUCAAGUCUCCACUGAGGUAGACCAAAUUAGAAGUUUACUUCAUUUUGUAGAUAACUUUUGUGCCAUAUUUGAUUCACAAAAUCUAGGUCAGAUACUUUAUGAGUGAUUUAGUGAGGUUGUUCUCAACGUUAGAAUUCUUGGGUCCUUAGAUGUUUGUGGAGUUAUUCUCAGGGUCUAUGAGUUCUCCACCUUCACUUUGAAAUGUUGUAAUUCCUUUUUGGUGAUAAUCUUAAAAAUUAAUAGGGAUGCAUCCUGGCUCUUCUGCAUAAUCAUAUUUGAGCAACUUUUGUGCUCACAUCCUGGUGCCCAUAGAAAGUGAUGAACUUUGCAUUGAGCUUUUUUUUUUUUUUUAAUUUUUUUUUCAACGUUUAUUUAUUUUUGGGACAGAGAGAGACAGAGCAUGAACGGACGAGGGGCAGAGAAAGAGGGAGACACAGAAUCAGAAACAGGCUCCAUGCUCUGAGCCAUCAGCCCAGAGCCUGACGCGGGGCUCGAACUCACGGACCGUGAGAUCGUCACCUGGCUGAAGUCGGACGCUUAACCGACUGCGCCACCCAGGUGCCCCUGCAUUGAGCUUUUUAAUGUAGCAUGGAUUGGGGUCCAUGGCCAGAGGUCCUCAGAUUUACUGUCAGGCACCAGUGGUUAAUCUAUUUGAAACCUGCUCCAGUUCAUCCUCUUAAGCCAUGAUAGACUCCUAGACCAUCAUCCCUCAACCACUGCUUAACUCUCAACAGAGAGAACUCACACUACAUACAAAGCCAUGGACUGGGGAGCUUGGAAGGACCCUAGAGAACCCAUGGUCCAGCCUUCAGGGUGUAAAAAGGCUUACUAAAGUCUUACAGCUGUUAGUGGAACAAUUGCAAUCCUGUGUGUUUCCUGAUUUGCAAUCUUGCCGCCUGGUUUUACUUUUGGACAGCUUUAAUUGUUCUUUUCCCUGUGGUGACUUGAAUCUACCUGCUUAGAACAUACUUAAAUCCAUUGCCUCUCAUUCUAAACUCUGGAGCCAUACCAAAAACAUGUAACUCUCUUCUGGUUAAGUACAUGUUUCAUGUGACAAGUUAUUUAGCUUUCUUUCUGGUAGGAUCUGGCUCUCCUCAGAAGUCUGCAGGGGCACCUGGGUGACUCAGUCGGUUGAGCGUCUGACUCUUGAUUUCAACUCAGGUCAUAAUCCCAGGGUUGUGGAAUCCAGCCCCUCAUUGGGCUCUGCACUGAGCAUGGAGCCUACAUGAGAUUCUCUCUCUCUCUGCCCCUUUCCCCUGCUCACUUUAAAAUUAAAAAGGGAAAAAAAAAGUCUGCAGUUUGCUUUUAAGGAUGUGAAUAUCACAUUUGUAUCUUUGAACAGUAGCUGAAUUCCUAAAAAUGGAAGGCUUUUAAAAAAGUGCUAGGGGAAAUUCUUUGUUUAAAGAAAGACUGAUUUGCUAAUACAAAGAAGCAUUUUAUAACAUAACUUUAGCAUAUAUGAAUUUUUAAAAGAGGAUUUUUCUAUUAAAAAUUUUAAAUUGUAUUAAUUUUUACUUUUUAAAUCUAUUUUUGAAUAGGUAUUAUCUUUACAUUGUUCAACGAUAAGAAAAUACAAAGAGGUAUUCAAGAUAAGUGUUGCCUGCAUUUCUGUCCACUAAAUGCCCAGUCCUCCCACCUUUGCAUCCCAGAGAUAAUUUCAGGAUUUCUUAAUGCAAAUGCAAAUAUAGCAAGUACAAAUAUAUAUGUAUUUUAAAGUAGGCUUUUUUGGAAACAGAGUACAUACACUGUGAAACUCGUAUCUGUCAUUUGGUCUCAUUUUAAAUGAUUCUGUUAGAUGUUUGGAAGUACUGGUACAACUCUAGAACGGGAAUAACUUUAUGAGCUUUGUGGACUGGGUACUUGUACAUAGUAGUAAUUGACUCACCAAUAAAAUAAAGGGAUUUUUUUUCCUUUUUA